GUAGACGAAUACUAUUCACACUGCAAACUCACAGCUAAGUAUUGAGUUUAAUAUAUCAGACGAAGAUGAAGGUCCAAUCGCUUAUCAUUGCUGCCAUCGCCGUAUCGGUUUCGGCCGUUACUUCCGAUGAGGCUCUUAAGGCCGUUCUCGGAGAUCCCAUUGAGGAUCUUAAGGCCGGUGCUGUCAACAGUGGUUGCUAUGACGCGGAAGCCAACACUCUGGAGUGCCUCGAGAAAUUGCUGAUCAAUAGUGUUAAUACAAAAUUUACAGAAUUGAAGCCCCUUCUGAAUCUUUCCCCUGCAGCUUCGCACGUCGCUACUAUCGACACAUUGCUUGCCACUGCUACAACAGAAGUCGAAGCCUGCUACGGCGAGGCAGAUUGUGCCGCUACCGCCGCCUGCAACGCGGGGUACAACACGGAAGGACUAGCCGCAGAUUUCCAGGUGGACUUCGUUGAACCUAUUGUCGCAUGCUGUGGAACAGAGGAUGUACAAACAUGCACUGAAUCUGCAAUUGAUGCUGGAAUAGUAGCAGCGUCAGGAAAUGUUAAGGAAGCGGCCAUAGAGGCGGAUGCCCGUAAGUAAGAUAUUCUAGAUGCUCAAGUCGGCAUAGUUAAGUUCCAAGACCUAAUAUAUUCCAACGGAGAACGAAUUGAAAUGAAUUAAACAAUGUACCAUUUAACAACUGUGUCCGCAUAAGAAGAAAUGAUAAUGACAAAGAAUGUUGUUUGCGAAUGUCGCAUUUGCAAUGGUCACAGAAGAUAGUCAGUUGCAUCGUUAGUAGAGAUAAGAAGCUAACACUGGAGUGAAUUGAAAAAUUCACCAUUUAAACUGUAUCAAUGACGCCUACAGAUAUUAAAGACCUUACUACGC